AUGCACCCUAUAACACUACCCCCAUACACCUACACCCGCCAUUAUAACCAGAAAACUACCCAGACGAGUGAUCAAACUCAGACGCCCCCGCUCACUGCUACUUUCUAUCGCCACUGCCCCGCGUCCCAAUGCGGCCACGUCGGGUGUUGCGGCUGGAUAGAGCCUCUUUACCCGCAGUCUCAAAGCAGCCCACACACCUAUACUGCCGCACCUCAUCUCAACAUCACCACAACUAUCACCAAGAAACAAAUACUGCCGUCCACAAAUGGCACUCACCCUCCCACCCACGACCAUCUUCUGCGCCGCCCGCCUCCCGCUCCCGCCUCUCCUCCCCACGCUCCAAAAGGCCGUCUCCCUCCUCCUCCUCACCGCCAGCGAAGCAGCACUCUCAUCACCACCCCCACCACCACCAACAGACUUCACCACGCUCGCCCCCCUCUCCACCCUCCCCAUCACCAUAACCCUCCACACCCCCCCACCCCCACCACCACAAUAUCAACAACAAUAACCAUCCACCGCCUCCUCACCUCCCAAAACUCCAACCUCAUCCUCCUCGCCACCCUCCCCUCCCCCUUCGCCCCCACACCCCUCAUCGCAAAACUCCGCCUCACCACCGCCGCCCCCACCCUCGCCGCCCACGCCCACGAGCUCUCCAUACUCCGCCUCCUCACCCCGCACCCCCUCUUCCCAUCCCUCGUCGCCCACGGCACAGCAGGCACACAACACGUGCCACUGCUACUAAUGGAGUAUCUCCCGCACCCCAGCCUCGCAGAGCUCCUCUGGGACCCUAACAGCGCGCUGUGGCGCGGCGAGUGGGGCGUGGGCGAUAAGCGUGCGCUGCAGCGGGACGGGGUGUUAUGGGGUGGGGUUGUGGCGGUGGUGGAGGCGUUGCGGGGGAGGGGGCUGCGGCAGGGUGAUUUGAGGGGUGCGAAUGUGGUGUAUGAUGUGGGCGGGGGGAGGGUGUGGGGGGUGGAUUUGGAGGGGGUUGUGAGGGUGGAGGUGGAGAGGGGGGAGAGUGUGGAUGUGCGGGUGGUUGUGGAGGAGUUUUGGAGGUUUGAGCUUUGUGCGCCGGGGGGGAGGGUUUGGUAG